CUCUGGAUUCACGUCCCUCUUGAUGGAGCGUCUCUCAGUGGAGUUUGGGAAGAAGUCCAAGCUGGAGUUCUCGGUGUACCCUGCCCCACAGGUCUCCACUGCGGUGGUGGAACCCUACAAUUCCAUCCUGACCACCCACACCACGCUGGAGCACUCGGACUGUUCUUUCAUGGUGGACAAUGAGGCCAUUUACGACAUCUGCAACCGGAACCUCAAUAUUGAGCGUCCCUCCUACACCAACCUGAACAGGCUGAUAGCCCAGAUAGUGUCGUCCAUCACUGCUUCCCUGAGGUUCGAUGGUGCCUUGAAUGUGGAUCUCACUGAAUUCCAAACUAAUUUGGUGCCCUAUCCCCGCAUACAUUUCCCCCUCACUACCUAUGCGCCCAUAGUCUCGGCAGAGAGAGCCUACCACGAGCAGCUCUCGGUGCCUGAAAUCACCAACGCUUGCUUUGAGUUCUCCAACCAGAUGGUGAAAUGUGACCCUCGCCGAGGCAAAUACAUGGCUUGCUGCCUGCUGUACCGGGGGGAUGUGGUGCCCAAGGAUGUGAAUGCAGCUAUAGCCGGCAUCAAAACCAGGA